GGCAGAGUCACCCGCCACAGCCUGGGGUUCUGUUUGGUUCUCUUGGGCUGCAGAGGGCACAGACUCUGCUCAGCAGGCCUUCUCUACAGGAGUUGAGGCUGGCCUGAGAUGUGAGUCCAUGAUCUUUAGGAAUUAGGAAUGGGUAGGAGAAGCAGCAAUGUCUCUCAGUACUCAAUGGUCAGCACUGGCUACCUUCUCUCUCUCCUCCUCCAUCCCAUGCCGGCACAUCUCCAACGUUCUGCAGCUGCUGUAGGGGAGUCUAUCAUGUGGGCACUGACAGCCCUCCUGCUCCUGGUUCCAAGCAAUGGGCAAGCUGCUACUCUGGAGAAGCCCAUUUUGUCUCUACACCCACCCUGGACCACAAUCUUCAAGGGGGAGCGGGUAACGUUGCGGUGUGAUGGGUACCACCCUCUGCUUUUGGAGCUCCGGCCCAUCAGCACUCUCUGGUAUUUGGGCCACCUACUCCUACCGUCUCACAAGAAGAGCAUUGAGGUGCAGACGCCAGGGGUGUAUCGGUGCCAGACAAGGGGAGCACCCGUCAGUGACCCCAUCCACCUCUCUGUGUCCAAUGACUGGCUGAUCCUGCAAGUGCCCUAUGCUGCGGUGUUCGAGGGCGAGCCGCUGGUCCUGCGCUGCCGUGGCUGGUAUGACAAAAUCGUCUACAAGCUUCACUACUACCACGACGGCCAGGCCGUGCGCUACUUCCACUCCAGCGCCAACUACACAGUGCCGCAGGCGCGCUCCAGCGACAGCGGGCGCUACCAGUGCUCGGGCACCAUGCGCAUCCCAGUGGAGAGCGCACCCAUGUUCUCCUCCAAGGUGGCGGUGACUGUGCAAGAGCUGUUCCAGGCGCCGGUGCUGAGGGUGAUGGGCCGGGGGGAGCCCCGCGGCGGGGUGGUCGUGCGCUGCGACACGCGCCUGCACCCGCAGAAGCGCGACACGCCGCUGCAGUUCGCCUUCUACAAGUACAGUCGCGCCGUGCGCCGCUUCGACUGGGGCGCCGAGUACACGGUCCCGGAGCCCGAGGUCGAGGAGCUGGAAUCGCACUGGUGCGAGGUGGCUACCGCCACCCGCAGCGUCCGGAAACGCAGCCCAUGGCUGCAGCUCCCAGGGCGGGGUUCUGUUCUGGAAUUGGCAUCCACCACCGCCCCCGUCCCACAGGCCGCAGCCUUGGCGCCUGGUAACAAGCCGCUUUCCUUCAGAAAGCCCCCGGUGUCCAGAUCGGUCCCAUCGGUCACCUCCGUCCCGAACACCACCUCAGCGGGGCUGCAGUUCCCCACGGGCAGAGCCCCCACUGCUGGGCCGCCGGCCUGUGCUCCGCGGCGGACCCCCUUGGAACAAUCAGCGGGAGCCCUGAAACCCGACGUGGACCUUCUGCUCCGAGAAAUGCAGCUGCUCAAAGGCCUGUUGAGCCGGGUGGUCCUGGAAUUAAAGGAGCCACCGGCCUUCCCAGAGCACAGGGAAACAAUGGAGACCCUCACUCCCCGCGUUCCUGUGAGCCCGGGAGCACCGGAGACCGCUACUGUGGAGAGCUGAGGUGGGGGAGGCGGCUACUGUCCCCUCUCCAACCUCAUUCAUUCCUGGUCUCUCCUGCUUCCCAUCACCGGUGACCUUUCAAAGCCAUCUGUUACAUCCCUUUGUCUCGCUGUGGUUUUUAAAGAAGCACGCAAAAAGUGUAGUGGCUGAUGAUUUCAGUCUUACACAGCAUAUCUGAGCAGUUUGUAACCACAAGGCCUUCCCUCUGCUCUCUUCCUUCCCCUCACAGAAUUCAGUAAGGAAGUAGAAACUUGUUUACCACUUAGAGGUUCACGUUUGGAAGUGAAUUUAGUCAUCCUUAGCUUUUCAUGUAAGCCCACCCAGUACAUAUCUCAGCACAAGCGAUAUUUUGGUACU